UAUUCAAUUCUCAAUUCAGAAAUUUGUGUAAACCUAAACCCAAACACUCCCCUCUCUCUCUCUCUCUCUCUCUCUCCGAAACACAGAAAAACACAGUUGAAAAUUCCAAAAUAAAAAUCAAAUCCAGUCUAAAGAGACCCAAAAUUGGCAUAGUCAAAUCAACAAUGAAUAUCGCGAAAUCAAGAUCCAUUAACUCCCUCAUGUCAUUGAGACACCUCCGCCUAUCGGCGGCCAUCAUCACUUGCAGAGACCUCUCCAUUUCAUCUCCAUUCAAUCAUCUCUCUCCACUUCCUCCUCAACCCCUCCCCUCCUCCCUUCGCCAUUUCCGCACCUCUCGCGAUCCCAGUAUGAGGCAUGAAAUUCCACCUCCUGUAAAUUGGGGCAUCCGGAUAGUCCCUGAGAAGAAGGCCUAUGUGGUCGAACGAUUCGGCAAGUACGUCAAGACUCUCACUCCUGGAAUUCAUUUGCUUAUUCCUUUUGUUGAACGAAUCGCUUACGUCCAUUCCCUCAAGGAAGAGGCCAUUCCCAUUCCCGACCAAUCCGCCAUCACCAAGGACAAUGUUAGCAUCUUAAUUGAUGGGGUUCUUUAUGUUAAGAUUGUGGACCCUCGCUUGGCGUCUUAUGGCGUUGAGAAUCCCUUGUAUGCAGUUAUCCAGCUUGCGCAGACGACAAUGCGUAGUGAGCUCGGGAAGAUCACUCUCGACAAGACGUUUGAGGAAAGAGACACAUUGAAUGAAAAGAUAGUGAUGGCCAUCAACGAGGCUGCAAAAGAUUGGGGCCUGAAGUGCCUUCGUUAUGAAAUAAGGGAUAUAUCUCCUCCUCGUGGAGUGAGGGCAGCUAUGGAGAUGCAGGCAGAAGCUGAACGCAAAAAGAGAGCUCAAGUUCUUGAGUCGGAAGGAGAAAGGCAGGCAAACAUAAAUAUUGCUGAUGGUAGGAAGAGUUCAGUGAUCCUUGCAUCAGAAGCUGCAAAGAUGGACCAGGUUAAUAGAGCACAAGGAGAAGCAGAAGCAAUUCUUGCCAAAGCGCAAGCAACAGCCAAAGGAAUUGACAUGGUGUCACAGGCUCUUAAAGAACACGGAGGUGUGGAGGCUGCAAGUUUAAGAAUUGCUGAGCAAUAUAUUCAAGCCUUCAGCAAGAUCGCCAAAGAGGGCACUACAUUGCUGCUUCCUACUUCGGCUUCCAAUCCGGCCAGCAUGAUGGCUCAAGCUCUGAACAUCUACAAAAGCUUGAUUGGCAACAAAUCUGAUGAUGCACUUCAAGAUAUCUCUCGUGCUGAAAUCACAGGAAAUGCCAAGGCUGAGCCACCCUCUGAUAAAACUAAAAAUGAAGGCUCUAUGACAACUAAAUCAACUGAUGGAGAUGAUCUAAACGAGCCAGUUUUCACCCUGCAGAGCCCCAAGAAGGAACAUUAGACUCGAUGCCAGCUACCAUAUUCAUCCAGCAAAGCAAAGGUCUAUUGUGACAGUUGGUUCUCUUAGUUUUUGUGGAUUCUUUUCCAUGUUUAGUCCAUUUUGUACUUAUUUUUAGAGCAGGAAAAGCAAAGAAUUCUGUAGGCUAUUUAAGAUUGAUGAUGAGAUGAGAGGAUAACUUCAUUUUAGCAUAUAGAGUUUCUGAGAUGGAUGUGCUAUUCAAGCAAAGUCCAAUUGUGCUUUUUGAAACAGUAGCAGGAAGGUUUUUGAAAGAUAUUUGGUGACAACAUUGUCAUUUUGCUCUGUUAAUGUUUUUAUAUUUUUCAUGGUUGUCUAGAUCAAGGUUUCAACUAUUGAUGUUUAUUUUGUAUCUGCAUUGUGCUUUGACAUUGGAACUUACUGAUUUACUUUACAAGCUGAUGUGGUUUGAAUGAUUGAAUGCCUAGUAAUAAAGAACUUGGCCCAAAA